AUGUUUUCUUUUGCAUUUCUUUCCACCCGACUUUUUCUUUGUUUUUUUCUUGUAUCUUUCUUUUUCUUUCUUUCUUUUUUGCUUUCUUUCUUUCUUUCUUUCUUUCUUUCUUUCUUUCUUUCUACAUUUUUCCAUCCUAUUUUCCGUAUAUUUAUUCCCAUUUUCCUAAAAUCUAUUUAUUUCUUUCUUCAAUAUUUUUUCCUUCUCCAAUUUUCCUUCAUUUCUUCCUUUCAUUCUAUCUUUCUUUCUCCAUUUUCCAUUCUUUCUUUUUUUUAUAUAUCUCAUUUUCCUAAAAUCUGUAUCUUUCUUUCUUCGAUUUUCAUUCGUUCUCCAGGUUUCCUUUCUUUUUCUUUCUUUCUUUCUUUCUUUCUUUCUUUCUUUCUUUCUUUCUUUCUUCAAUUUUUUCUUUCUUUCGGCAGCUUUCCUUUCUUUCUUUCUUUCUUUCUGCAGCUUUCCUUCUUUCCUUCCUUCCUUUCUUUCUCUAAUUCCCUUUCUUUUUUCUGUACAUCUACCCUCAUUUCCCUAAAAUCUCUUUGUUUCUUUCUUUAA